GGCUAUAUCUCUGCAGAGACGCUUUAUAGGGUCCUUUAUAGAGAAAACACACAAUUCCAUCCAACCAUUAACCAGUGAAUUGUAAAUCGAUGAUCUUUUUCUGAUUUUUCACACCUCUUAGACUAUUGCCCCACCUAAGCGUGAUUAGUUGGGGAACAUUACUUUUUAACGAACUCUAAAAAACCUUCCUCUUAAAUGUUUUUCUAAGCUCAGUUGUCAUUGGUUCAAGCUUAGAAGUGGUCAGUUUGUAAGUAAGCGUCACAGACACAUCAUGUAUAUGCAAGCUUGGAUUGGAGUUCUUUUUAUUAUGGCUCAAGUUUCGGUCAUGGAAGGAUCACCUUUGUCAAUUUUUGGAACAACAUUGGGCCCUGGAUUCAAGCGACAGGAAGGGGAACUCUUAAAUAUGGUGGGAGAUUGCUUCGAAUUUGACAAAUCAAUAAAUUCGGAUCUCGUGGAAGAGCAUCUUGACGUGGACACCCCUUUGGAUUGCCAAUACAAGUGCUCGCUAAAUGAAGAAUGCUUUCAUUUUGUUUGGAUUACGCCUAUUGUCUUAACCGAAGCCGAUCACAAGAAAUGUCUUCUCCACAAAGAAGGCCCCGCCAUUGAACUUUUGGGAGCCGUGGCCGGUCCCAAGAAAUGUACCUAAAUGUGCGAUUGACAUGUAUUUAUUUGGCUUUAGUUACGUAUGAUGUGCGCGUUUUUCGGAAUCUUCGACGAAUUGGAAAAAAUUGUCCAGAAUUACAUCAAAGAAUUUGACAAAAACAAGGGUGGUUUCUUAUUCUGUCGAUCGUUUGCUCGUAGAUUUGGUGCGACAAUGGGUUUGUUCUUGAUCAAUGACAAGGAUUGGCUUGAUAUGUGAACACACCUCUAUGGUUGUGGUUUGGGUACAAUUAUGGUUCUAUUUCAGCCACGAGGUCUCGUCUUCCACUUAUUGAAACUAACUCUGAAAAAAAAAAUUGCAAU